UCGCCGAUUUCUCUCGACUACGGGUUAACGACUUGACGGGCGCGAUACGCUGUCCUCCAUUUCCCUCAUCAUUCACUCCAUUCCUAUCUCAGUUCACCCCAUCAUCCAACAUGGCAAACCUUCAUUUCGCGCACUCUGAUGCGCCUCUCAAGACGGUAGAGGAGAUACAAUUUGGUCUCCUCUCACCCGAAGAGAUCAAGAAUAUGAGUGUUGCACAUAUUAUGUACCCCGAAACGAUGGACGAGACACGUACCAAACCGCGUCAGAACGGAUUAAACGACCCGCGUCUUGGCUCUGUUGACCGCCAGUUCAAGUGCGCUACAUGUCUAGAGAAUAUGUCCGAGUGUCCUGGACACUUCGGCCAUAUCGAGCUUGCGAAACCCGUCUAUCACCCUGGCUUUAUCAAGAAGGUCAAGAAGAUCUUAGAGAUCGUCUGCACCAAUUGCAGCAAAGUCAAGGCAGAUAGAGAUGAUCCAGAGUUCGCGGCGGCUGUUGCCACCCGUGACCCUAAGACCCGUUUCCAGCGCGUGUGGACUGUCUGUAAAGGCAAGAAUAUAUGUAGCAACGAGAUACCCAAGGACGAGGACAAAGAGUAUGAGCCGCAUAACAAGCCUAAGCAACUCGGUCAUGGCGGCUGCGGGAACAAUCAGCCCAAGAUAAGGCUGGGUGCCCUUAAACUCACUGCCGUCACCGAGGAAAAAGACGAGGAAAACCACAAGUCGAAGAACACGAUCAACAUCACACCUGAGAUGGCUCUUAAUAUUCUCAAGAACAUUUCUGACAAUGAUCUUCGGGAUAUGGGUCUAAACAAGGACUAUGCUCGACCCGAAUGGAUGAUCAUUACAGUGCUGCCUGUACCUCCACCACCUGUGCGACCUAGUAUUUCGAUGGACGGCACCGGUCAGGGUCUACGGAAUGAAGAUGAUUUAACCUACAAGCUUGGUGAUGUCCUCCGUGCUAACAGCAAUGUUCGACAAGCGUUGCAGGAAGGCUCAGCGGGUCAUAUUGCCCAUGAGUUUGACACGCUUUUACAGUAUCAUGUUGCGACCUUGAUGGAUAAUGACAUUGCUGGCCAGCCUCAGGCUCUUCAGAAGAGUGGCCGCCCAGUCAAGUCUAUCCGUGCUCGUCUAAAGGGCAAGGAAGGUCGUCUUCGAGGAAACCUUAUGGGAAAACGAGUGGAUUUUUCGGCACGUACCGUCAUCACUGGUGAUGCCAACAUCUCUCUAGACGAGGUUGGCGUGCCUCGAAGUAUUGCACGGACAUUAACUUACCCCGAGACUGUCACUCCCUAUAAUAUCUCCCGCCUACACAAACUCGUGCAAAACGGACCAAAUGAGCAUCCCGGUGCAAAGUAUGUUGUCCGCUCUGACGGAACCCGAAUUGAUCUUCGACACCACAAACGUGCUGGUCAGAUCUCUUUGGAGUAUGGCUGGAAGGUAGAACGUCAUCUUCAGGAUGGUGACUACAUUAUUUUCAACCGUCAGCCUUCUCUGCAUAAAGAAUCUAUGAUGGGUCACCGUGUGAAGGUCAUGCCUUACUCUACCUUCCGGCUGAAUUUGUCCGUAACGUCCCCUUACAACGCUGAUUUUGACGGUGACGAGAUGAAUCUUCAUGUCCCUCAAACGGAAGAGACACGUGCUGAGAUCAGGGAGCUCUGUAUGGUUCCACUCAAUAUUGUCUCACCUCAGCGCAAUGGCCCUUUGAUGGGUAUCGUACAGGAUACUUUGGCAGGUGUUUAUAAAAUGUGUCGCCGAGACGUUUUCCUCACCAAAGAACAAGUCAUGAAUGUCCUUCUGUGGGUGCCCAACUGGGAUGGCACCAUCCCUCAGCCUUCAAUUCUCAAACCUCGCCCCCGAUGGACUGGAAAACAAAUCGUCAGCAUGAUUAUUCCUCGAGAGAUUAGUCUCUACACCAACCCAAAUGAAAAAGGGAGUGAUCCUUGGUCGCCACUAAAGGAUGGUGGUCUACUGAUCCAAACUGGUGAACUUUUGUUCGGGCUUCUAACCAAGAAGAAUGUCGGUGCUGCUAGUGGCGGUAUCGUGCACUUGUGUUACAACGAGCUUGGACCUGAAGGCGCUAUGGCAUUUCUUAAUGGGUGUCAGCGCGUCAUCAACUAUUGGCUUCUACAUAACGGCCACAGUAUUGGUAUUGGUGAUACUAUUCCAGACAAAGGCACAAUUGAGAAAAUUCAAGAGCAGAUUGACGAACAAAAGGCAAUCGUCGCUGGGUUAACCGCCGAGGCCGCCGCAAACACGCUUGAAGCGUUGCCUGGUAUGAAUAUCAGAGAGACUUUCGAAAGCAAAGUGUCGAAGGCUCUCAACGAUGCUCGUGACAAAGCCGGAACAACAACUGAGAACAAUCUAAAAGAUAUCAACAACGCUGUUGUUAUGGCACGUUCUGGGUCGAAAGGUUCAUCGAUCAAUAUCUCUCAAAUGACUGCCCUAGUCGGACAGCAGGUCGUCGAGGGUAAACGCAUUCCAUUCGGCUUCAAAUACCGGACCUUGCCACACUUCACCAAGGACGACUACUCACCAGAAGCGCGUGGUUUUGUUGAAAAUUCAUAUUUGCGUGGCUUAACCCCCUCUGAGUUCUACUUUCACGCCAUGGCGGGUCGUGAGGGUUUGAUUGACACGGCUGUGAAAACUGCCGAGACCGGUUACAUUCAACGACGUCUUGUCAAGGCUCUUGAAGACGUAAGCGCCCGUUAUGAUGGUACUGUUCGGAACUCGCUUGGUGAUAUCAUCCAAUUUAUCUACGGUGAAGAUGGUUUGGAUGCCAUGCACAUCGAAAAGCAGGGCAUGGAUCACUGGAUCAUACGCAAUGCUGAUUUUGAGAAGCGAUACCGUCUUGAUGUUAUGGACACACUUCCUGCAAAUGUCACCGAAUCACUUGAGUACAUUCAAGAUAUUGCAGGAGAUCCGCAGGCUCAGGAACUACUUGACUACGAAUACGAAAGUUUGCAAAAGGACAAGGAGUUCUUGAGAAAACUAAAGAUGUCUGCUGAGAAACUGGAGAACUCCUUCCAACUUCCACUCAAUGUGUCUCGACUAAUCGAAAGCGCCAAGAGACUGCUCAAGGUGGAUGAUACAAAGUCGAGCAAUCUCACACCACAGGACGUCAUACCUAUUGUGAAGAACUUAAUUGACGGCAUGACCGUCGUUCCCGGUUCCGACAAAGUAUCACAAGAAGCAGAUCUAAAUGCGACGCUGCUUUUUAAGGCCCUCCUCCGUUCAAAGCUGGCUUUCAAGCAACUAGCGUGCUUCCAUCGACUGGACAAAAUGGCUUUCCAUCAUGUAAUUGGAGAGCUCGAUCGGAAGUGGCGCAGGGCUAUGGUUAACCCAGGUGAAAUGGUUGGUGUUUUGGCUGCCCAGUCGAUUGGUGAACCAGCCACUCAAAUGACGUUGAAUACCUUCCAUUUCACGGGUAUCGCGUCAAAGAACGUCACUCUUGGUGUUCCGCGUCUGAAAGAAAUUUUGAAUGUGGCUAGCAACAUCAAGACACCUUCUAUGCUGGUGUAUCAGGAUGGUGAGCCAACCCAGGAGGGAGCAAAGAAGCUACGUAGCAUGGUGGAACAUACCAAUCUACGCUCUGUCACCGCUGUCACUGAGAUAUAUUAUGAUCCUGUGAUCGAUACAACAACCAUCGCUGAAGAUAAUGACAUGGUUGAGUCAUACUUCCUGAUUCCUGAUGAGACAGGCCCCCCCAUCGAGAAACAGUCCCGCUGGCUACUCCGCAUUGUGCUUGACAGACAGAAGAUGCUCGACAAAGGAUUGUCCAUAGACGAUGUGGUCUUGCGACUCAAACAGGACUAUGGUAGUGAUCUUGCUAUUAUUCCUAGUGAUGAUAAUAGUCCGAACCAGGUCAUCCGUAUACGCCCGAUGCCAGACGAUAAGGACGAUGGCGAUAAGGCUAUUGAGGAUGAUAUCAUGUUGAAGCGUCUAGCAGAUCAUCUCUUGGAGAAUUUGACCCUCCGUGGUGUCAAAGGUGUAGACCGGGCCUUUCUCAACACUACUGCAAGGAUCGUUGAAGACGAAAGUGGUGCCCUGGUUCAGGAAAAGGGUGCUGCCCAAUGUGAGGAGUGGUACUUGGAUACAUCAGGUACUGCUCUGCGCGAAGUCUUGGCUGUUGAAGGUGUUGAUGCCAGGCGAACCAGCACGAAUGACCUAUGGCAAAUUGUUGAAGUGUUCGGCAUUGAGGCAGCUCGUGGAGCUCUCUUGAAUGAGCUGAGACGAGUUUUGGCAUUCGAUGGUUCAUACGUCAACGAGCGACAUCUCUCUCUCCUUGUUGAUGUCAUGACAUAUCGUGGCAGUAUUGCUGCUGUGACAAGACACGGUAUCAAUCGAGCUGAUACCGGUGCACUCAUGAGGUGUUCGUUUGAGGAAACGGUAGAAAUCCUUUUGGAAGCUGCUUCUCUUGGUGAACUUGACGACUGCCGAGGUAUCUCUGAGAAUGUCAUGUUAGGCCAACUUGCCCCAAUGGGUACUGGGCAUUUCCAUGUCUUUUUGGAUCCGAAGAUGCUCGACACGGUGAUCUCGGACAACUCCCGUAUGGGCCUGAUGCCUGGUAUGGCGGUAAAGGGAGCCCAACUCGAUGGAGCGGCAACACCAUACGAUACAGGUUCGCCUAUGGCAGAUAGCGGAUAUGGCAUGAGUCUCGCCUCGCCUUCCAUGGGAAUGGGCAACUUCUCUCCCAUUGUCGGUGCUGGUUCAGACAGUGGACCAGGUUCUCUAUCUGAAUAUGGGCCUCUGGGUGGUGCUACUAGCCCGUACAGGCCAACCAGUCCUGGUGGUGCCAGUCCUUUCUCUCCCUCGUCCCCUCUUGGUUUCGUGAAUUAUUCACCUACUUCGCCAGGCAUUGGGUAUUCACCAACCUCUCCCUUGCAGGGUGGCCGUUUCUCUACAUCACCAUCGUUCAGCCCAACCUCGCCUUCAUUUUCUCCGACCUCUCCCGCCGCCGGUGGCUACCGCUCAGCAACAAGUCCCAAUUAUUCUCCAACCUCUCCAUCUUACUCACCCACGUCACCAGCCGCUGGCGGACACUACUCCCCUACCUCGCCAGCGCACUCUCCUACAUCGCCGAGUUACUCGCCGACUAGUCCGUCAUACAGUCCAACUUCUCCUCAUUUCGCAGCUGGUCGGACUUCACCCAGCUACUCCCCUGCGUCGCCUCAUUACUCACCUACCUCACCGAACCAGCAGUAUUCGCCUACUAGCCCAACUUAUCGCCCGCAAGCGGCUUCACCUACAAGUCCUAACUACUCGCCAACGUCACCCCAAUUCAAUUCUCCUGGGCCUGGCGGCAGUACUAGCCCUAAGUACUCUCCUAGUUCGCCCAAACAAUAAUACUAGGCAAACAUAUGAUAUUGGGACUCACGCUUCAUCUGAUUGUUUGAAUAACAUACCAAGGCGUCACGAAUGGUUUCUACAGCAUCUGGGCGUUUCUGCAUUUCUUCGUUUUACUUUUGCGGUCACAAUUCUCCUAAUACACUUCUUCCCAGCGAAAUACUCGCAUAAUUCACAGAGAAGAUUUCUACUAUCCGAU